CCAAGGCCUUGACAGCUGCAGCCCCGCGGGCCCCGCGGGAUCACGAAGCGGAGGCUGAGCGUAGGAGCGGCGUCCCGGCCGGGCCAUGGCGGUGGGGAACAUCAACGAGCUCCCCGAGAACAUCCUGCUGGAGCUCUUCACGCACGUGCCCGCCCGCCAGCUGCUGCUGCGCUGCCGCCCGGUCUGCAGCCUCUGGCGGGACCUCAUCGACCUGGUGACGCUCUGGAAGCGCAAGUGCUUGCGCGACGGCUUCAUCACCCGGGACUGGGACCAGCCUGUGGCCGACUGGAAGAUCUUCUACUUCCUGCGCAGCCUGCAAAGGAAUCUCCUGCACAACCCCUGUGCUGAAGAAGGCUUUGAGUUCUGGAGCCUGGAUGUGAACGGAGGGGACGAGUGGAAGGUGGAAGACCUCUCUAAAGACCAGAGGAAGGAGUUCCCCAAUGACCAGGUCAAGAAAUACUUCGUGACAUCUUAUUACACCUGCCUCAAGUCCCAGGUAGUGGACCUCAAGGCCGAAGGGUACUGGGAGGAGCUGAUGGACAACACCCGGCCGGACAUCGAGGUCAAGGACUGGUUUGCAGCCAGGCCAGACUGCGGGUCCAAGUACCAGCUGUGCGUUCAGCUCCUGUCGUCCGCUCACGCACCACUGGGGACCUUCCAGCCCGACCCUGCGAUGAUCCAGCAGAAGAGCGAUGCCAAGUGGAGGGAGGUCUCCCACACAUUCUCCAACUACCCACCCGGCGUCCGCUACAUCUGGUUUCAGCACGGCGGCGUGGACACUCACUACUGGGCCGGCUGGUAUGGGCCCAGGGUCACCAACAGCAGCAUCACCAUCGGGCCCCCACUUCCCUGACACCCCCUGAAUCCCCAUCCACCGAGCCCUGAAUGGUGAGCAGCUGUCAGAGAAGAGCCUGCCUUAAGAAGGAGGAGGGCUGGAAGCUAGCUAUCCCCAGACCUCCCGUUUGACCUCCUGCCCCCCCCCACCCCAGCUGCCUCUUUGUGGAGCCUGUCAUUCUGGUCAGCCUUCAGAUGCCGGAGGCCCCCACUCUCCACCAAGGUCCUGAUCUGAUGCCGGCCCCCUUAAGAGAUGAAACGGGAGGCAGGUGAACGUGCCCCCCAGGCUGCUGUGAGAGAGCUCUCCAAGCCUGGAGUCAGCCCACAUCCCUGUGUGUGCCUUCUGCCCCCUCCCCUCAGGGAUCUGUCCCCUGUGACCUGUCCCCUGUGCCCUUUGGGGCCCCUGAAGCAGGAGCCAGCAGGACAUGGGGCAAACCUGUGGCGAUGCUGGCUGGUGACGCCAUGCCUCAGGCGGAUCUGGGGGUGGCAGGAGCACAGUUCCGCUGACCCCUCUGUCCUCUGUCCCCCUGAGCUCCCUCCUGGUGCUCAGACCUGCUCCCGAGUUGCACAGGACAGGCCUGGGAUAGCCAGUGGGGUCCUGCUUAGGACUUUCCAGGGGGAGCCAGACUAGUACUUCCAAAACGCAGGGCAGGGCUUCCCUAGGAAUCACGCAUUGGGCCGCAGUAUAGGUGUGGGCGCACAGGAAGUGGCAGCCACAGAAAGGGAAAAGGGGUUCCCUGCAAACGAGGGCCAGGAGUCCCAAGUCCCCCGAGAGGCUGCCAUUUCUCCCUGCCUACCCAGCCAGGCCCGCCAUGCCAGCCCCUCCCUACUGCAUGUGGCCAAAUAAAAGGUGUUCUCAGUG